AGACAAACUGUGAUAUGACACAAUGGUUGGCCUCUGUAAACACCUUCUUUUAAGGAGGCUCUGCAGGGAAGCUUCUCUCUUUUUCCCCAUGUAUGUAUUGCAUCGUGCAUAUUCACUGGAGGCCCUUUGCCGACCACAACUCGGCUCCCACAAGUCGGCGCGAGAUUGAGUUUCUUGAUAACUCUUUAUCCGGCUGAUUCAUAUACAACGAUGAUUCAAUGCGAGAGGCUUGUUCCACGCAGGGUGAGCCAUCUCUUGGACUUGGAGACUCAGGGCAGGUGGGACGGCUAGCCGAAGUCAAACCCGGGCAACUUGUAUCCCUUUGCAAUGCCGGGCGGUCAGCGUGAAGACUUGGAAGCGGGCCUAAGGUCCGGUCCUGGACCUGGUUUUGAGGAUCCGGAGAACAGCGAAGUAGCUCUGGCGGACCCCUUUGACAUCGCUGACACCAAGAAUGCCUCCCACGAGACUCUGAGGAGAUGGCGGCAAGCAGCACUCGUACUGAAUGCAACACGGAGAUUCCGGUACACUUUGGAUUUAAAGAUGGAAGAACAAAAGGAUCAGAGGAGGAGAAUGAUCAGAUCGCAUGCACAAGUCAUAAGAGCAGCGCUUCUCUUCAGAAUGGCGGGGGAGCAACAACUCGACUUAGCUGCGAAGGUGGCAACUCCAACUGAUAUAGGUGCUGGGGGCGACUAUGCAGUUGGGCUUGAGCAGCUUGCUUCCAUGAACCGUGAUCAGAACGUAUCAACUCUAAUGCGAUAUGGAGGGGUUAGAGGUAUAUCAGAUUUGCUGAAGACAAAUGUAGAGACGGGCAUUUCGGGGGAUGAGGCUGACAUAGCGAAGCGGAGGAUCGCUUUUGGAUCCAACACUUAUCCACGAAAGAAGGGGAAGGGCUUUCUGAGGUUCCUUUGGGAUGCUGUGCAAGAUUUGACCCUCAUCAUACUAAUUGUAGCCGCUGCAGCUUCGUUGGCCUUGGGAAUUAAGACAGAGGGUAUUGAAGAAGGAUGGUAUGAUGGUGGAAGCAUAGCAUUCGCUGUUCUUCUCGUUAUUUUUGUCACAGCAAUCAGUGACUACCGGCAGUCUUUGCAGUUUCAGAACUUGAAUGAAGAAAAACGAAACAUUCAAUUGGAGGUGAUGAGAGAUGGGAGGAUGGUGAAUGUCUCGAUAUUCGACAUUGUUGUUGGGGACGUUGUGCCACUGAGAAUAGGUGACCAGGUCCCGGCAGAUGGAAUCUUAAUCAAUGGCCAUUCUCUCGCAAUUGAUGAAUCAAGCAUGACAGGAGAAAGCAAGAUUGUCCACAAAGACCAUAAGUCGCCCUUUCUAAUGUCAGGUUGCAAAGUUGCUGAUGGAGUCGGCACGAUGCUGGUGACCGGUGUCGGAAUUAAUACGGAAUGGGGUCUGUUGAUGGCUACCAUAUCUGAGGAUACUGGUGAAGAGACGCCUCUGCAGGUACGGUUGAACGGAGUCGCCACAUUUAUAGGCAUCGUAGGUCUCGCUGUAGCUCUCUCUGUGCUCACCAUACUCCUCGCCCGAUACUUCACCGGACAUACAAGGAAUGCAGAUGGGCAAGUUCAGUUCAUCAGGGGCAAGACUAGUGUUAGUGACAUCGUAGAUGGAGUGAUAAAGAUCGUGACCAUUGCAGUCACAAUUGUAGUCGUUGCGGUGCCCGAAGGACUUCCUUUAGCUGUUACCUUAACACUGGCUUACUCCAUGAGGAAAAUGAUGGCCGAUAAAGCCUUGGUUCGUAGACUUUCGGCCUGUGAAACCAUGGGCUCUGCCACAACGAUUUGCAGUGAUAAGACAGGAACUCUAACUCUAAACCAGAUGACGGUUGUCGAGGCGUAUGUAGGCGGGAAAAAGAUAGAUCCACUCGACAGCUCCUCGCAGUUGCAUGGAUCUGUCUCUUCUCUGCUCUAUGAAGGCAUUGCCCACAACACCCAGGGGAACAUCUAUACACCGAAGGGCGGUGGAGAUGUUGAAGUUACUGGAUCUCCCACGGAAAAAGCCAUCCUUUCAUGGGCUGUUAAGUUGGGAAUGAAGUUCGACGAAGUUAGAGCAGAUUCAAAAGAUAUCCAUGUGUUCCCAUUCAACUCGGAGAAAAAACGGGGUGGUGUUGCCAUAAAACGGGCUAACUCUGAUGUCUACAUACACUGGAAGGGAGCGGCUGAGAUAGUCUUGGCCUCUUGCACAAGGUACCUUGAUUUAGAAGGUAACUUGCAAAGCAUGGGUGCAGAAAAGGAAUCCUUGAAACAAGCCAUUGAUGACAUGGCCUCAAGAAGUUUGCGGUGUGUUGCGAUUGCUUACAGACCAUUAGAUGCCGACACUGUUCCAUCGGAUGAAGAGAGCUUAAACAAGUGGGAGCUCCCCGAAGACAACCUUGUUUUUCUGGCCAUUGUUGGUAUUAAGGAUCCUUGCCGUCCCGGUGUCAAAGAAGCUGUGAGAAUAUGUACACUCGCUGGGGUCAAGGUCCGGAUGGUCACUGGCGACAACAUCCAAACAGCAAGGGCAAUAGCUCUCGAGUGUGGAAUCCUCAGUUCAGAAGCUGAUGUUGCCGAGCCUGUUGUCAUCGAGGGAAAGACAUUCCGUGCUCUUCCAGAGAAGGAAAGAGAACAAAUCGCCAAGAAAAUAACGGUCAUGGGACGGUCUUCUCCCAAUGAUAAGCUAUUGCUCGUACAAGCAUUACGCAAAGGGGGAGAUGUUGUUGCUGUUACUGGGGACGGGACAAAUGAUGCUCCUGCACUUCAUGAGGCAGAUAUAGGUCUCGCUAUGGGCAUAUCAGGAACUGAAGUUGCGAAAGAGAGCUCCGACAUCAUUAUCCUAGACGAUAAUUUUGCCUCCGUUGUAAAGGUUGUUCGAUGGGGUCGUUCUGUUUAUGCAAACAUCCAGAAAUUCAUCCAGUUCCAGCUCACUGUGAAUGUCGCAGCUCUAGUUAUCAAUGUUUUGGCUGCUUUAACUUCGGGUGAUGUUCCAUUGAAUGCAGUGCAGCUUCUGUGGGUUAACCUUAUUAUGGACACUCUUGGGGCCCUCGCACUUGCUACUGAACCGCCGACGGACGAACUCAUGCACAGAUCACCAGUUGGUCGAAGGGAACCCCUCAUAACGAAUAUCAUGUGGAGGAACUUAGUUGUCCAGGCCGUGUACCAAAUCUGUGUCCUCCUUGUCCUGAACUUCUGUGGAAAGACUGUCCUUCACUUGAACGAUGAACCUGCCGAACACGCCAAUAAAGUAAAGAAUACGAUGAUAUUCAAUACGUUUGUCCUCUGUCAGAUCUUCAACGAGUUCAAUGCCCGAAAGCCCGAGGAGAUGAAUGUCUUCGCUGGAGUGACCAAGAACAACUUGUUCAUGGCCAUUGUCGGGAUGACUGCUGUGCUUCAAGUUAUAAUCGUCGAAUUCCUUGGGAAAUUUACUAGUACAGUGAGGCUCAGCUUUACACUGUGGCUUGUAUCUGUAGCAAUCGGGAUUGUGAGUUGGCCUCUGGCGGUAGCUGGAAAACUCAUCCCGGUUCCCAGGACUCCCAUGUCCAGGUUGUGCAUGAAGCCCUUCAAGCGAUGCAAGAGCUCUCGGGCUUCUUAAGUCAUGUCUGCUAUGAAAUGCCACAGAAGUUAGUAAGUUGAGAGGCAAUAUUAUUAUAUGGAGAUAUUGCUUCCGUGUAGAAGAGAAUACGGCUUAUACAGGAGCUCCUCAUGGUUGAUUUCUUGCAUAAGCCGAUUUAUCUCUAUCAUCCAUCCAUAUAAUACCAAGGACCAAGUAAUAUUGCGCCUUCAUGUAAACGAAUCUAAUACCUAAUAUAUGAUUGAGUGUAUGCAGCAAGUGUAAAUAGUGAUAUCAUCAACUCCUGCAGAUUCGCCAAUAACUGUAGAUAGUAUGUGUAUCUCUUCCAAAGCAGAUUUGCUUACUUGGUUUGAAGAAUAUUUCUUUUUAAGUCCCAAA